GUAAACUCCACAAGAUGAGUGUAUUUUUAAUGUGUCUCAUUGUAGAAUGGUUGAGUAUUUAAUUACAGGUUGAAGGUGUUCCAAGCUGGCUGUCAAUCAAGGAUUUGGCAGUUAAGCUUCAAAGGUUGGUCUUUUGAUGGGUUUCUUCCAAGACCAGUUUUCUAAAUUUGUUUGGUUCAAUUUGAAAAGAAAAUGAAAGUGCAUGUGGUUUCUCCACACUUUUGGUUGAUAUGUCAUAUCCAUCUUUGAAUCUCUGAUGAAGCUUCAGGAACGGUGCAAGGUUGGGAACUGUGAGGAGCCUUGUGUGAUGUGAGAAACCCAGAAACUUGCAUCACAUCCCUGCAUAUUUUAACACCACACUCAACAUUUUCCCACCCUUUCUCUACUGUUUUCCUUCUUGCCAACCAGUGCAGCUUUUACCUGUUUUCCUCAAAUCUCUAAGCAUAGUACAAGUGUACAACUUGGAUUCAAUCUGGGUUUUUUUCCCCCUCCCUUCCUGUUCACUCCCUUUUCACAAAGGAGUACAUAUAAAACCCAUGAUAUCUAUUGAAAUCCACCAUCUACCUUCCCUUUUUCUUUUCCCAGUGUAUUUCUAAAAUCCAAAUGUAUAUUAUGGUCUCUGAUGACCAAGAAAAGUAGUAGUAGGGAUUUCAAGUGUGAAAAGUGGUCCUCCUUCACUCUCUAGCCUCUCUACUUUUUUCCAAAGCCAGAAUAGAUCCACAUAUGGCUCCAAGGAAAGAUACAGUGUUGUGUGCUGGUAAUCUGUUCCCAACUUUUUCCCUUCCUUUCCAAAUAAUAAAUUCCAAAUAACCCAUUUGUCCCUUCAGUUCCAUGCCCUUAAUAUUGCUCUCACUUGCAUAAAGGUUACCUUUUUUUUUUUCUCUCUUCCCUCUGCUCUUUUCCCAUAUUUCCAUGGCUUGUUCUAUGUGUUCCUUUUGGAACCCAUUACAAUGGUUUGCUGUUCUGUUACCCCUAUUAAUCUCUACUGCUUUUUUGGGCUGUGGGUUCUUCUUAUCUCUCCUCUUCACAGUUUCACUUGUCAUUCUGUUCUAUAUUUUCUUCACCUUUUCCAAGCACAAACCAGUGUUUUUAGAUACAUCAAUGGAAGUUGAACCAAACCUAGAGCCUGAAAAUGAGGAUAUCACACAAGAAGCUGAUGUGGGUCAGAUUCAGGACUACAUGGUCAGACCAUUGGACCCCUUUUCAGAAAGUUAUGGCACUGACCACUCAUCUAUAACUGAUCAAGAUUCCGAAGCUGAGUGGGGAUAUUCAGGCAAUCCGGGUCAGUACCCGGGUAGCUCCGACGGGUCGAUUUCGGAUGAGGAAAGCCUCAUUGAAAUUGCCCUACCAAGUGGGCAAUAUGUUUGUACUCCUGAGAAAGAAGAGCCAAAGUUCAAUUUACAGAAGAAAUUUCCAGAUUUGAUGGAGCUACUGGCAGACAUGAAUGAGAUGAAUGAGGAAGAUAACUUGAUAGAGAUUGACAUUUCCAUGGGAUCCAUCAAGUGUUCAAGGUUUGGAAUUGAAGCAUGAUCAUCAGUUGAAGUCAAUUCUGUUUAUAGUGUCAAAUGAUGUUUCAUGGUUUUUGAUCCUUUGUGGAUUUUGCUUCAAUUGACAUUGCGGGUUUGGGGUUUCAAGGGUAUUAUGGACUUUUCGUAUUGUUUACUGCUAGUAUAAUUGACCCUGCCCUAACACAAACCUUGGGAUACCCCUUAAAUUAAAGCACCUUGUGAUAUGGCCCCUCUUGAUGCACAUUAAAGGUACUGAAAGUUUUAAGGCCAUGACCAAAUAAAUGGAUUUCCAGUUGCAUCUUCUUAUCA